CAUGAGUCACUAUGGAAACUUCAAGCUGAGAAUAAAGGGAAAUGUGUUCCCAACCCAUUUAGUAAAGGCUGUAAAGCAGACUGCAAAACACACAGAAGAGAUGGAGAUGAAAUUUCAAUGAGGCGCCGAAGUUUACUUGAUGAUGAGAAGGUGCAGACAGGAACUCAUUGAGAAGGUGGAAGUGCUGAUAGGCACCUAAUACAGACCCUGCUUUCUGCUCAAGUCCUGGAAAGACACAGAAAGAUGGGCAUCAGUCCAAGAACAGAGAGCAGAUGCAUCGAAUAUUAGCAUGAUGCCAGCCAUGAGAGGACUACUAGCUCCUCAGAAUACCUUCUUAGAUACCAUAGCGACAAGGUUUGAUGGAACACAUAGUAACUUUGUCCUUGGAAAUGCUCAGCUACCUCAAUCCUACCCUGUGGUUUAUUGUUCAGAUGGGUUCUGUGAACUAACAGGCUUUGCUCGAGCAGAGGUCAUGCAGCGCUCAUGCUCUUGCACCUUCCUUUAUGGUCCUGACACCAGUGAGCAGAUCAAGCAACACAUCCAGGAGGCUCUGAAUGAAAAGCAAGAGCUGAAGACAGAGUUGCUGCUUUACAAGAAAAAUGGCUCAUCUUUCUGGUGUUUACUGGAUGUUGUUCCCAUCAAGAAUGAGAAAGGUGAUGUGGUUCUUUUUCUGGUUUCCCACAAAGACAUUACAGACACCAAGACCCGGGCAGCCACAGAGGGCUGGAAGGAUCCAGGGAACAAAGAGCAGCAUAGUCGAGCUACGGGCAAAGGUUUUAAUGCUAACCGUAGGAGAAGCAGAGCAGUUCUGUACCAUCUAUCCGGACACCUGCAGAGGCAGAACAGAACUAAAGCUAAACUUGGCAAGGGUGUUUUUGGGGAAAAGCCUCGAGUCCCUGAAUACAAGGUGGUGUCUAUGCGUAAAUCUCCUUUCAUCCUGUUGCACUAUGGUACCUUCAAGGCUUGUUGGGAUUGCUUGAUUCUUCUGGCAACCUUUUACGUGGCAGUAACUGUCCCAUACAGUGUCUGCUUCAGCAGUGGUAAAGAGGAAGGGACUUCUGGUCCACGCAGCCCACCUAGUCCCUGUGACCUCACUGUGGAAAUCCUCUUCAUACUAGAUAUUGUUUUAAACUUCCGGACAACCUUCGUCAGUCAGUCUGGCCAGGUGGUAUUCUCUUCACGUCUCAUCUUUCUUCAUUAUGUGAGGACUUGGUUCAUUUUGGAUUUGUUGGCUGCACUCCCUGUGGAUCUGCUCUACAGCUUUAAAGUGAAUGUGUAUUUUGGGGCUCAUCUCUUGAAGACGGUGCGCUUGUUGCGUCUGCUUCGCCUCUUGCCACGGCUUGAUCGUUAUUCUCAAUACAGUGCUGUAGUUCUCAGUCUACUCAUGGUUGUCUUCGCUCUCCUGGCACACUGGGUUGCUUGCAUCUGGUAUUUCAUUGGUCAGCAAGAGAUUGAGAACAGUCAGUCAGAAGUUCCAGAAAUUGGUUGGCUGCAGGAGCUGGCCCGACGUUUGGAAACGCCAUACUACAUGGGGAAAAGAAACAACAGCCAGGAGUUACAUUCUCAGGACAAUUACAGUGAUGGGGCUUCCAAUGCAACGGGUAUGGUUCUAAUGGGUGGACCCUCUUCUCGAAGCUCAUACAUCACCUCCCUGUACUUUGCACUCAGCAGCUUGACAAGCGUUGGUUUUGGAAACGUCUCGGCUAACACAGACACGGAGAAAAUUUUCUCCAUUUGUAUUAUGCUGAUUGGAGCUUUGAUGCACGCUUUGGUGUUUGGAAAUGUGACGGCCAUUAUCCAACGCCUAUAUGCGAGACGCUUUCUAUACCACAGCCGCACUCGAGACCUAAGAGAUUACAUCCGGAUCCAUGGCAUUCCCAAACCCCUCAAGCAGCGCAUGUUAGAGUAUGUGCAGACCACAUGGGCAGUUAACAAUGGCAUUGAUACUAAUGCGCUUUUGCAUAGCCUUCCAGAUGAGCUGCGUGCGGACAUUGCCAUGCACCUCAAUAAGGAACUCCUGCAAAUGCCACUGUUUGCCGUGGCAAGUCGGGGCUGCCUGCGCUCGCUCUCACUGAACAUCAGACCUUCGUUCUGCACACCUGGGGAGUACCUAAUCCGACAGGGUGAUGCCUUGGAAGCCUUAUAUUGUGUGUGCUCGGGAUCCAUGGAAGUCCUUAAGGAUGGUGUGGUGUUGGCUAUAUUAGGGAAAGGCGACUUGAUUGGCUGUGAGGUCUUUUCGGAGGAUACAGUGAUUAAAGCAAAUGCAGAUGUCAAAGCAUUGACAUACUGUGACCUUCAGGGCAUUAAUUUAAGGGGACUUCGUGAUACACUGUCACUUUAUCCAGAAUAUGCUCAGAAAUUCUCAUGCCAGAUCACGAACCAACUCAGCUACAACCUGGGGGGAAGCAGAUGUGAGAUGGAGACUGAUACCUAUACCCAGCAGUCACCAAGGAAUAUGGGUACCCAGGAUAAAGGGUCAAAUGUAGUGUCAGGUUUCAACAUGUCUGUACUCACUCCAAAGAGAUCUCCACAUCUGCGCCUCUCUCGGUCGCGGUUUUCUAGCAGCAGCCCCCAACACAGAUCAGAGGAAGUAACACCUAGAAAUAGUCCUCGCCACAUGAAUGCCACUAAACUACAGAUACCAUCUGGUCCCUGCUCCAAACAACCGGAUCUGAGCCCCAGGGUGGUAGAUGGGAUAGAAGAAAAUUCUGGUUCUGUUCAACAACAGUUUACCUUUUCAAACUACAAUGCUCUUCCAUCUUCCCCAGAUCAUUUGUUCCUGAACACAGAGCUUAGAGCUUCUGAAAGUAUGGAUCGACUAAGCCAAGCGGUGUCGGAUUUGUCGUGCCAGGUGCAGGAGCUGAGGGAAGGGUUGCAUUCCCUCCGUCAAGCAGUUCACUUGUCUCUCCUGCCUUGCGGUGCCUCGCCAUGCUACUACGGAGGAGACUUGCAUACACACUGCAGUAGCGGCAUACACUCCCCUGGGGACAGAACCAGUAAUACCUACUCCUCACUUUACCAUCCUCCAAGGGUAGAAAAGGCUUCCCAGAUCUGUUACAUACAGAGUUCUUCUUCUCCCUGCUCAGAGGGCCAUUUAUCUUGGCUUUGGGCUCCCCCUACACCUUUGUGGUUGCAUUGCACAGGAUAUGAAAAGAGAGACAAAAGUCAGUCAGGUCCAGCAUCACUUGGCAAUGAAGAGACACAAGAUGUACCUGUCAAGAGAGACUUUGCCACCUCUGACCCGCAUUCCCUGGAAAUGCACUUGAUACGUCCUUCUCACAGAGGGAACGGAGAUACUGAUCCAGCCGGGUGGGCCAGAGAGGAAGGCACGGGGCUGUAAUGAUGAAGAUGUAGCAGAACAGUAUUUAAAACAUCACCACAGUGACAAGAGCAAUGCGAUUUUCACAAUGACAAUCAAAAUGUUUAUAAUGAAGCCAGGUAAUCAACAGCUGCUAAAAAUAGCACUUUAACAAAAUGUUCUUAAAAGGGGUAGAACAUUAUCAGGGUUUAAUCGAGGUAGAUUUUCUUUUUAGAAUUUCCUUGCUGUAAAAGAAAAAAAAAA